AAGAAGAAAAACACAGAUAAUUGACAGUGGCGUGCUCAGUGUUGGUUCGGUUUCGUGAACGACUGGACCGAAAGCAAAGCGGGGACGUGAGAGAAACGCUGGGUGCCUGUCUAGGACAAGGGAAACAGAGACGCGCUUCAUCCGAAACUGCUAUUUGCAUAUAUAAUUGAGACAAUCGAAUUGGGAGCAUCCAAGCACACUCAGGAGCUGUGGUGUGCUGUCACAUAGGCGCUGGCUCAACACAAGAAGUCGAUGCUUUGUGAAAGGAUAAUAACCAUGCAAAGGCAAUCAACGAAAAACAUUUUGUGCUGCUUAAAAAUAUUCGCUCUCUUGCUGAAAUGUUUAUUGCUUUAAACCAAUAACAAGUCGUGCACAGAUUGGUCGGGGCGAGGUCUGGUGCUUGGUUUUGUUUAUUUUUUAAGAGAACGUCGCCAACUGGAUGUUGUUCGAGACCCAGCUUCGAAGAACGUCCUGAUAGCUUUGUCAGCCUCCCCUUGUAGCAGCGAUGGGUCUGCGGGUGCUCUUCUGUGUUCUUGCCCUCCAGUUUGUUAGGACCCUGGGCUGCCCGGCCAGGUGCCGGUGCUACAGCCUGACGGUGGAGUGUGGCUCGAUUGGGCUGAGAGAGAUCCCAGCUGAUGUCCCUCAGACCACUCAGACCAUCUUCCUGCAGGAUAACUCGAUCGGUCAGAUCCGUCAGCAGGAUCUGUCUCGCCUGAGCCAGCUGCACUACCUGUACCUGCAGAACAACAGCAUUUCAGCGCUGGAGCCCGGCGCCUUCCACAGCCAGCAGCAGCUGCUCGAGCUGGCCCUGAACGGGAACCGCAUCCACCUGGUGAGCGGCAACGUCUUCCAGGGUCUGGAGCACCUGCGCAUCCUCUACCUGGCAGGGAACCAGAUCACACGGCUGCACGACUUCACCUUCCACGGGCUGCAGAGGCUGCAGGAGCUGCACUUGCAGGAGAACAGUGUGGAGCUGCUGGGAGAGCAGGCGCUGGCCGGCCUCUCCUCCUUGGCACUGCUGGACCUGAGUCACAACAACCUGCGCACCCUGAGCCAGGCCUCGCUGCGCCCACUCGCCAGCCUGCAGGUCCUGCGCGUUACAGAUAACCCGUGGCGUUGUGACUGCGCGCUGCACUGGCUGCGGAGCUGGAUCAACGAGGAGGGGCAGCGCCUCCUGAGCUCUGCCGAUCGGAGGCUGAUGUGUGCUGAGCCACCUCGCCUCUCUCACCAGAGCCUGGUGGAGGUGCCAGGGAACAGCCUGGUCUGCAUUCCCCCCGUGGUGCAGCUGGAGCCCAAACACCUGACCGUGCGGCUGGGGGAGAACCUGCGCGUGUCCUGCCAAGCCUCUGGCUACCCCCAGCCCCUGGUCACCUGGAGGAAAGUGUCUCAGACCAAGGCCUCACCCAAGGUCUCCGAAGAAGAUGAAAAAAGUGGAACUGUGGAGCUCAGCAAGAGGGUCCGGGGGGACCGCUUUGACCCAGACACGGGCAGCGGGAUGCUCUUCCUGAGCAAUGUGACGGUGGCGCAUGUGGGCCGCUACGAGUGCGAGGCCUGGAAUCCAGGCGGCGUGGCCAGGGUGACCUUUCACCUGUCGGUCAACCUCUCCUCCUCCUCCAGCCAGCGCCCCUACAUACCGGUGGACAUCAGCCAGGAGCCUCUGUACGACUUGGACAGCAUGGACUUCAAUGCCCUCAGCAUGGCCACCCAGACCACCAUCGCCAUUGGCAUCUCUAUGCUGGCCCUCACCGCCCUGCUCCUCAUCGCCAUGAUCUACAGCCGGCACCGGCAACGCAAGAAGGGCCCGAAGGAGGAGAGCAUCCUCUACGUCAACGACUACUCGGACGGGCCCACCACGUUCGCCCAGCUGGAGGAGUACCGCGACGAGCGGGGCCACGAGAUGUACGUGCUCAACCGCAGCAAGCCCGUCUUCAUGGGCAGCUACAGCGGGCAGCAAGGAGAGCUCACUCCAGAGCAGCUGCAGGAUCAGGCCACACAGACUGUGGUGCCAGGACUGGGGGAGAGGAGUGGGGAGGAAGGGGAGAGGGGCGAGGAGGCACUCUUCAUUAAUCAAAGCCUGCUGUUUGACACGCACAUCGCCUACGAGAUCCACUGCUGAUAGACUGGCAGCAGGAAUUGCAAAUGCCUUUACUGAUUCCUGGGAUUAAAAGAAUAAGCUACGAGGGGGGGGGGGGGGGUUUGAUUGAAAUCUUUAAAAUCUUAAAAGGGGUUGACAAAGUGAACCCAAACCAAUACUUCAAGUGCAGAAGAGAAACGAGGAUCAGUGAACACUCAGUUGGAAAUGAAGUGUAAGUAGACUGAACAAAGGGAAGAAGACGCUUCUUCUCACAGAAUGGUGGGGGUAUGGAAUGGGUAGUGUUCUGCAUUUUUGAUAUUUUACUUAUAUUAAAAUAGGAAUAAAAUCAGUAAU